AUGAGGAGAAAUCAGGGGAAGAUUGUGUUUAAAGGAACGGGGUUCAAUUCGAUUCGGCAUUUUAAGAAUGAAGUGGAGAGUAUUGAAGAGGGAAAGGAAUGCGGAAUUCAGAUAAAGGGGUUUACUGACUUUAAAGAGGGAGAUGUGAUCGAGACGUAUGAGUAUAGAGAUGUUCGCCAGCCUUUGAGUUGA